GUAGGCCAGCCCUGAGGCAACCUGGGAGGCCUGUGGGCCUGAGGUGACCAGUGACCCGCACUGGAGCAUCCAUCUGUUGGGAGGGGAGGCCUGUGUCCUGUAGUGACCAGCGAACAGCGCGGGAACGUCCAUCUGAGAGGAGGCCUGCGGGCCUGAGGUAAGCAGUCAGCAGCGCAGAAGUAGCCAUCUGAGGUGAGGCCUGUGGGACCUAAGGUGGAGCCACCAGUGCGGGCGCUUCCAUUUGAGGCCUAAGGGAUUCUACUACUUAUGGCUGACACAAAAACUUCAAACUGUGAAGAACAUUUCAGUGUGGAGAAACUAAAGGAAUGGCCAGAGCCUGAGUCUGUUUCUUUAAUGGAGGUAUUAGCUAGAGAAGACAUCGACGAAGCUGUGCAUGCAAUAUUAUUCAGAGAAAACUAUGUUGUGAAGAGAUUGGAUACAUAUUUACAGCAUCUGGCUGUCUUUAAGGAAAGAAGAAAAGAGCUGUUACAUAAGAAAUGGGUUGAAAAUGUGGCACAGCCUCUUCAGCAGAAAAUUAUAGACAAAGUCAUUUCAUCUAAAAAACCUGGGAAAAACCAAGUGAAAUAUGAACACUGCUUAAAGCACACAGAUAAACUGACUAAAGUAUCUCCAUUGUGUGAAUGUCUGUUUCAAAAACAGCCAAAGUUCGGAAAAGAAAAAGGACCCAGUUACCAACAUGGCAGAGGAAAACAGCAUGGCACACAAAAAGAAGCCAAAGAAACUGAGAAGGGUCUCCUCUUCACCAAGUCGCCCCCGUUCCCACCCAGGUCCCAUUGCACUGGUGCCAAAGAGAGGCAGAGAGCCUCUGCGCGGUUCAUGCAGAAUAAGCCCUGUGGCAGGAACAGGUACAGGGGAGCCAGUUCUCAAAAGCCUGUCUGUAUGUUAAAGUCCCAUCUGCCUAAGGAGGAGAAGACAGUCAAUCCAAGCCAGAUUUUUUUUGAAAGGCAAUUCCAAGCCUCAAGGCUCAGCCAGGAUAUCAAAGAGGCUGAAAAGAAGGGUCCGGUUUUAGGGACUCGGCCACAGAGACCAUGCUCCUGGGCAGCAGCAGAUAGCACGCAGAGGCCAUCAUCUGUGGGAAGAAGAGUGAUGACAGCUGAGAUCCUGGGGAAGCAUCUGGCCUCCCUGCAGCAGGCAGCCAUGGCUGUCUGCAGCAACUCUCCCUGACUUCAGUUGCAUCUUGAUUCAGCACCAACAAAACCUGCUCCCCCAAACCCAGGAAAGCCGGAGUAGGCUUGCUCAAUAGGCUGUGCCUGGUUCUUCAAAGCUCCUUGUAGAUAAGCAGGAUGCUGCUUGUUUCAGUUUUAGGUACCAGGGAAAGGCUCUUUUCUGUUUUAACCAGUGGUGCUGUGGUCUGUAUCUGCGGUCAGUAAGGGAUGAGUCUUUAAAAUCAAUCUCAAUACACUGAACUGUGUUCUCAAGUGAGUCAGCCAGUGAUUAUAUUUAAAUAAAAAUGGGGAGAAUGGAA